UGCUGCGGGCGGCUGCAGAGGAGGCUGCACUCUCUCCCGCCUCUGCAUUCAGCCCGGCCCGGUGGAGCCGAGGACGGCGGCCCCGCUGCCCUACGUGGGAGCUGUCGGCUGGCGAGGCAUCGCCCGCUGCCCGCGCUUCGACUUGGUCCCUGCGCUGUCUCUCUCCGGGCGAGGAUGCGUGGUACUCAGCUCCUGAUGCAGUGAUUUUACAUUGGGACUUCGUUUGACCCCUAGCCCUCGAACGUCUGACUCGCCUACACCGCCUCGCCACCAUGAACUACCUUCGCCGCAGACUGUCCGACAGCAACUUCAUGGCCAACCUGCAGAACGGCUACAUGACUGACAUGCAGAGAGCGGAGCCUCCGCCGGCGCCGCCCCCAGCCCCGCAGGCCCCGCCCUCGGCCGCCGGCGGCUUCUUCUCGUCCAUCUCGAACGCGGUGAAGCAGACGACGGCGGCGCUCAGCGACCAGGUCAGCGGCGGCGGCGGUGGAGGCCGGGCCCGGACCCUGCUGGUCAUCGAUGGGCCACACACCGACUGGUCCAAGGUGUUCAAAGGGAGGAAGGUCCAGGGAGAGUUCGACAUCCGAGUGGAACAGGCAGAGUUCUCCGAGCUCAACGUGGUGUCGCAUGCCACGAGCAGUUUCACUGUGGACGUGGAUGCGUUUCGAAACGGGGUGAGGGUUACCAGGUCCUUCACACCGGAGUUUGUCCUGGUGAGGCAGCACGCCUACAGCAUGGCCAAGGGCGGAGACUUCCGGAACAUCGUCAUCGGCCUGCAGUACGCCGGUGUGCCCAGCCUCAAUUCCCUGCACUCCGUCUACAACUUCUGCGACAAGCCCUGGGUGUUUGGACAGCUGACCAGGAUCUUCAAGAAACUGGGGCCUGAAGACUUUCCCUUGAUCAACCAGGUCUUCUACCCGAAUCACAAAGAGAUGCUGACAACGGCAAAGUUUCCGGUGGUCGUGAAAAUGGGCCACGCAUAUUCUGGGAUGGGGAAGGUGAAGGUGGAGCACCAUUCCGAUUUCCAGGACGUGGCGGGAGUGGUGGCGCUGACCAACACCUAUGCCACCGCCGAGCCCUUCAUCGACGCCAAGUACGACCUGCGCAUUCAGAAGAUCGGCGGCAAUUACAAAGCCUAUAUGAGGACCUCCAUCUCGGGAAACUGGAAGACCAACACUGGGUCGGCCAUGCUGGAACAGGUGGCCAUGACUGACAGGUACAAACUCUGGGCCGACAGAUGUUCCGAGAUGUUCGGCGGACUCGAUAUCUGUGCUGUGGAGGUGCUUCAUGGGAAAGAUGGCCGUGAUUACAUCAUCGAGGUGACGGACUGUGCCCUGCCGCUGAUCGGCGAGCACCAGGAGGAAGACAAGCAGCUCAUCGCGGACCUGGUGGUGACCAGGAUGUCCCAACUGCUGCCGCGCCCGUCCGUCCCGUCUCCGGUUCGAUCCUCAGUGGGACAGCAGCAACAGGUCCAGCAGACAGGCCCGGCGCCCUCUGUCUCCAUGGCGAUGCGCCCGAACCCAGGACUCCACCAGGGACCCCUCCCGCAGCAGAGACCCCCUCCACAAGGUGGACCCCAGCAGCCUCUGCCCCAGCAGUCUCAACGGCCGGGGCCCCCGUCCCACCAGCGGCCUCCCCCGCAGGGCCAGCCAAUCGCGGGCUUGAGCCCCCAGGGCUCGUCUGGCCCACCCCUUUCGCCACAGCAGCCAAGGUCGGCCAGCCCCACCGCCCAGCGCCAGCUCAGCCCCCUGGGCCAGCACGGCCCACAGCAGCCUCCCCCUCCCGCGGCACCAGGCGUCAGGGGAGGUGGCGGUCCGGCCCACCAGCCCCGGGCUCCGGGUUCGGCCGCGGCCCACCAGCCCCGGGCUCCGGGUCCGGCCGCGGCCCAGCAGCCCCGCCAGGCCUCACCCCAACGCCCUCUUGCUUCGGGACCCCAGGCCAGGCCCGGGCCGGGGCAGGGAGCGUCCCCUCGCCAGGCCGGGCCUAGGGGGGGGUCUGCGGGAGGGCCACUGGCCGGGCGGGCUGCCCCUACUACCCAGCAGCCACGUCCAGCUGCCCAGGGAGGACAGGGGCAGCACCACCAGCCACACCAGCAGCCUCACCAGCAGCUGCACCAGCAGACCAGACCUGGAGGCCAGCAGAAGGCCCCACCACCCCUGCAGGAGGCCGGCGCACCCCAUCCUCACAUGAACAAAUCCAAAUCUCUGACAAAUACCUUCAACAUUCCAGAAACAUUGGCUCCUCGUUCAGCCCCUAGUCAGGAUGAGGUGAAGGCUGAAUCGAUCCGCAGUUUGAGGAAAUCUUUCGCCAGUCUCUUCUCUGAAUGAGGGGCUCAUCUCUCGCUUCUCCUCCUCCCUCCCCUCCUCAUCCCUCUCUCCAGCUUGGCCUCUCUCUCUCUCUCUCUUCCGCAGGCUCUCUCCCACAUUUCGAACUUCACUUGGCCCAGCUCCCCCCUUUUCUUUCUCUUUACCUUCUCCUAUCUAGCUCCCUCGUUCCUCUUUCCCAUCUCGGAUCCUGUCUUCCUCUCUUCCUGCCUCCCUCUUUCUCCUUAUCCUCACUUCUCACCUUGCCUCGUGGUCUGUCCCAGUCUCAUAGCUCUUUCUCUGCCCCCCUCUCUGACUCUACACUCUCUCUCUAUUCCACUCCUCCUUCUCUCUCUUCUUUCCAUCUUUACCCCCUCUCUCUCUGUUCCACUCCUUUCUCUCUUUCUGCCCUCUUUCUCUCUACCCUCUCUUUCUUUGUUCCACUCCUCUCUCUGCCUUCCCCCUCUUUCUCUGCCUCUCUCUCUGUCUCUACCCCCCUCUAUCUCUGUUCCACUCCUCUCUCUCUGCCUCUCUCUCGGUUUCACUCACCCUUCUCUUUCUAUCCCCCUCUUUCUCUACCCCUCCAUCUGUCCUAUCCUCUCUCUCUCUAAGUCUGUUCCACUCCCCCUCUCCCUCAAUGCCCCCCACUUGCUAUCCCUUCCUCUUUCUAAUCCCCUCUCUCCCUCUGUCCCUGACCUCUCUCUUCAUCUCUCUAUUCCCUCUCCUGUCUCCCUCUCUCCCUUUCAAUCUCUCUCCUUCCCUCCCCUCUCCCCCAUCACCCAACUUAUCAGCCACUAAAGCAAGACACAUGAAAGCCGUUUCUAAGAAAGAUUUGUUACUGGACACGUGUCUUUGGACAAUUGCAGUGAGGGAGAGAGUGUGGAAGAGAGAGACAAAGAGAGAGAGAAGAAAUGCAUGUAUCAUGAAUCAUUGUCCCACUAUUGCACAGAGAUAUCUAUAUAUAUAAAUAUAUUUAUAUAUAUAUAUUUGAAAGUAAUUCCCUUGUGAGUCCCCGGCAAACCCUAAAGGACCGGUUAGGCCAUUCCGAAUCGCACUCGGAACUAUUUUCCGAAAUUCCAAAGGUUGGAAAGAUCCAAUAGUUUGGCUGUUCCAGGAACUGAACUCUUGGACUGAGGUGGGUGCCGGGCGGGGGGGGGGGGUGAUCGGGGAAGGGAAUGUUUCCCAUCCAUUGGCCGGAAACUCUGGGGCCGUCUGCUCUGAUUGGUGGACGCUGCUUGACCUGGCACUCUCAUUGGUUGAUUGGCCGAGCCCGAGGCGGCCUCCGUGGAAGGAUAACUUCUCCGUCGCUCCGAGCCGUUACUGUCUGGAGAUGCCCUGGGAAUUGAUGUCUCACCUCUGGAGUGUCCUGGACUCAGGGCACUGUGUAAAGCCAUCUCCAAUAGCUCAAAGUUGCCCAGAGACCAUGGCCCGAUUGGCACAAGAGCCUCUGGUUGCCAGGAGACUAACACCCGUGGUGAUGGAGGCCUUGGCUACUUGGAGACCAGCAUCUUUGGUAACUGAGGUAUGGCUGCCAAAAGUCUGGUCCCUGGCAGCGGAUGCCAUAGUUGCCAGGAGACCAGUACCCUAGUUAUAAAGUCUACGGCUGCUUGGAAACCCUGUGCUCUAGCAACAGAGGCUAUGGUUGCCUGGAGACCAGUGCCCAUGGUGAAAGAAGCCAUGGUUACCUAGAGACCACGCCAUUGUUGCCUAAGGGCUAGUGCCCUAGCAACAGGCCAUGGCUUCCUGGAGACCAGUUCCCCUAGUAACAACAAGACUGUCUCUGAAGCACCUGGUUGCUAGGAGAUCCAGGAGUGGGGAACCCCAACAAGGGAAGCAGGGCUGCCUAACCACGUGCCCGAUUGGAAGCCCCGAGCGUCCCGCGGGUUUGCCGGAUCCUGAGGGUGGGAGAGGGUUGGUUGGGAGGGCGGUGGCGGGAAGAGUUCCCGUCCCACCCUGAAUUGUUGAUCGAUCGUGGAAUGCACAGACGCUCCCCCACCACCCC